GCGCGCCGGGUAACAGUAGGCGUUCAUCGCGGUGUAUAUCGAAUAGGAUUGUGUUUCGACUUUCGUUUUGUGUCACGCCGCCGUCGUUCGUUCCGACGGACUACUACUGUUCUGAUUCUCUCUCGUUGAACAUUGACACAACACACAGCACGACGAUCGGACAAUUCGAAUUCGACGGAGACGCGAAUCAGUGGCGCGAAUAUCCAGAAAAGUCACGCGAUCGGACGUGUAGCUGAUAAACAGUGAUGUUCGGAGUAUUAUCGUGAUUCUUUCCUUUAACGCAGCACUCUGUAUGGAUUAGAACUUGCAGAACUGACAUCUCGACGAAACCUCACGACGGUAACUUCGACAUGAAGUGUGUCGCGAUAAUCGGAGCACCGGCGAGAUCUCUCGUCGUGUGUCGUUUCGAUUGUUCGUUCGUUCAUGCGGAUAAGUGACGUAGAACUGGCAGAACGUGAUCGGCGCGCGCGUCCUCCGAAUCGAUCAAAAUCCGGUAAAAUAAUGUGCCGCGUGAACGGCAUCGGUGAUCAUUCGCGAGUAUGAUUGACGGACGAUCGAGGAGUUCUAGAAUUUGAGUGUCGUAAAAGAGAGAAAAGGAAAAAAAAAAGGGUGUUUUGCGCAGUGACGUAAAGUUUGCGGGGGAAGCGAAAGGACGCCUUGUGAACGACGUGAAGUUCGCGGGGGAAGUUCGAGCAGUAAUCACGUGAUCGCGUAUCUGCGGUGGGAAAAAGCGGAGAAAAUUCGCGGCGUGUUAUGGUCCGCGUGUUUUCCUUCGCAGGACGAAAUGAGGACGGCGACGCAGCAGCGUGGUCGUCGAUGAACCCUAAGGACAAAUGUGUGGAUCCCGCGGUGGUGGAACAAGGCUCGUGGCUCUGUAAGCCCGCUAGCAGCAGCCCCCAAGCUUGUACGCCGCUUGCCGUCGGCGCGGGUAUGAUGCCACGAGGUCUGCCGACGAGACGUGGCCUGCAGGCGUUAGCGCUCGUCAUCGCUACCGCAUAUGCCACGAUUCUCCUCUACCAGGCUAUAGCACCGCGUCAGUGGGUCGACGAGAUGAACGUGGCGGAAGUGAAUAGCCGAAAUGUGAUAGUGGAAGUGCCGGCGUCGAGAAAGUUAAUCAGCGAGGAGCUGCCGGUGACGUUGCCGGUGGCAACGGCGACUAUGGCACCGUUCACGACGAAUCUCAACGACGUGUUUAUCAGCGUGAAGACCACCAGGCACUAUCAUCACUCGCGUUUGCCGGCCAUCAUCGAUACGUGGUUCCAGUUCGCCAGAAAUCAGACCUGGUUCUUCACCGAUAGAGAUGACCCUUAUUUCCAAAACCAAACCAAUGGCCACAUGAUCAACACUAAGUGUUCAUCCUCACACAAUCGGCGGGCCCUUUGUUGCAAGAUGUCGGUGGAAUUCGACAGAUUUCUCGACAGCGGUCGAAAGUGGUUCUGCCAUUUCGAUGAUGACAAUUACGUGAACGUGCCGCGCCUAUUGAAGCUUCUAGACAAUUAUAAUCCACGGGAGGAUUGGUACCUCGGUAAACCCUCGAUACCUGCGCCCUUGGAGAUCAUCAGGCAGGGCCCGGAGCCGCAGAAACGACCGCAAAAGGUGAAAUUUUGGUUCGCCACGGGCGGUGCCGGAUUCUGCAUCAGUCGAGCAUUGGCAUUGAAGAUGACGCCGGUAGCUGGUGGAGGAAAGUUCAUUACCAUUGGUGACAGAAUUAGGCUGCCAGAUGAUGUAACAAUGGGGUACAUCAUUGAGUAUCUUCUGAAAAAACAGCUCACUGUGGUGGAACAGUUUCACUCACAUUUGGAGCCAAUGAAGUUCCUAAGCAAGGAUACUUUCCAUGAACAGGUUUCCUUUAGUUAUUCUAAGGGACCGAGAGACGAAUGGAAUAUCCUAAAAAUAGAUGGUUUCGAUAUGAAGGAUGAUCCAAAGAGAUUCAAAUCCAUCCACUGUCAUCUGUUUCCACAUAUUCCUUAUUGUCCGCACAGAUGAUGAAGAUCGCAUACGAUGAAUGAAGAACAAACUAGAAAAACACUGAUCUCUCGCUGUUAGGGAUAAAAUGUUUAUUCUCAAUGAAAAACGGAAGAUUGAUGUACGGUAA